UUUUCUUUACAUAAGAACCUGGGAUCUCAUGAGAACAGAUUCUAAGCACAACAGGGUUCUUAAUCCCAACCAUGCUUCUCCGAAACUCCUGGACACACAUUUGUCACAGCUUCCUGCUAUUGAUUCUACUGCUGAGACCUAAAGGAGCAGCUAACCGAGAGCUGAAGGUGAUUCAGCCUAAGAAAUCAGGUUUUGUUGGUGUUGGAGACUCAACCACUCUGAACUGCACAGUGACAUCCCUGUUUCCUGUGGGGCCCACCAGGUGGUUCAAGGGUGUGGGACAGAGUCGACAUUUGAUAUAUAGUUUCACAGGAGAACACUUCCCCAGAAUAACAAGCGUUGCAGAUACUACAAAGAGAAACAACCUGGAUUUUACCAUCCAUAUCACUAAUGUCACCCUUGCUGAUGCCGGUAUCUAUUACUGUGUGAAGUUCCAGAGAGGAUCAAUAGAGCCUGAUAUUGAGAUUCAGUCUGGAAGUGGCACUGAGUUGUCCAUACUUGCUAAACCAUCUCCCCCUACGGUCUUGGGUCCUGCAGCCAGAGCUGUCCCUCCACAAACAGUGAGCUUUACAUGCAGAUCCUACGGAUUCUUUCCUAAGACCCUCACACUGAAGUGGUUCAAAAAUGGAAAAGAGCUCUCUCACUUGGAAACUACUGUGGAACCUGAAAGAAACAAUGUCUCCUAUAGAGUCUUCAGCACAGCACAGGUGGUACUGGAAUCUAGGGAUGUCUACUCUCAGAUCAUCUGUGAGGUGGCCCAUAUCACCUUAGAUGGAGGAUCUCUCAGAGGGAGUGCUAACUUCUCUGACAUCAUUCGAGUUUCACCCACCCUGGAUAUCAGCCAGCAGCCAACAAUGGUAUGGGAUUUGAUAAAUGUCACCUGCCAGGUACAGAAGUUCUAUCCUCGGAGCUUUCACAUGACCUGGUUACAGAAUGGUAAUAUAUUCCACAGAGAAGAAUCUUUAAGAUGUAUAGAAAACAUGGAUGGAACUUACAACUCAACCAGCUGGCUCUUGGUGAACAUAUCUGCCCUUGAGGCAGACAUGGUACUCACAUGCCAUGUUGAACAUGAUGGACAGCCAGAAGCCAUUGAAAUCCAUACUGUGGUGGUCACUGAAUAUCAGAAGGAGCAAGGUAUUGCUACAAUGUCUGAACUGAAGAUAUCAGGUAUUAAUAAAAUCCUUGUACCUGUUCUCCUUGGAUCCAAACUACUCCUAUUAAUUGGUGCUACUGUCAUUUACAUGCACAAGAAGCAAAAUACCUGAAUAGGUUCAGCAUGGAAAUAGAUGCUGAUGAGCCACUGUUGAAGGACUCUCCUCACUGUUCCUAAGGACUCCAUUCCUAAGGACAACUUCAAAUCAGAAUUUCUUGUUGUUCCUCUGCAUAUGUAUUGUUAUUCCAGAACAUCAAAACUGUGCAUAUUGAGUUGUAUUCUUUGUGUCUUUAUUUUAAUUAUUAAAAGAAUUUAAGGAUGUA